AUGUCAUUCAAGGUCAGACCCGCCGUACGCGAGGACUGCGCCGCCAUACUGGGCCUGGUCCGAGAGUUGGCGGACUACGAACGGAUGCUGGAUCAAGCUAGGUUGACCGCCACCGACCUCGAAGAGCACCUCUUCUCGGACGACGAACUGCGCUUGGCUUGUACGAACGUGGCCACGACGGCCGCGGGCGACGGCGAGUGUGACGGCGAGCGCGUGAUCGGCUUCGUUCUCUACUUCUUCGUUUUCGACCCGCUAACUCUCGAUCGCGUGGCGUACAUGGAUGAGCUGUACGUGCAGCCCGCACACCGAGGUCGGGGCGUCGGCCUGGCGCUGUGGCGCUCUGUGGCGGACCACGGUCUCCGGCGCUCGUGCGAGGUGCUCAACUUCGAGGUGCUCGACUGGAACGCGCCGUCGCUGGAGUUCUACGCCAAGCGGGGCGCCACCAACAUCACGCGCUCGCGAGGUUACCAGCACCUCAGGUUCUCCGCUAGCCCGCGCGGCUCUUUCCUAAACGCUCAAGAAGGUUCGUGCUGA